AUGGCUGUGCGGGACGAGAUGGAGCCAGUCGAGUUUGCUGCUUCAAGCGCAGGUCUGAUGCAUGCUACGCUGAUCGUUCGCAGCUCAUUGAUCUGCCGCGGCACAACACUCGCCAUCACACAUUUCCUGCUUCACAAGGCCGAGUUGCAUGAGGCUAUCCAAGCACGCUUGUCUAUCCUCUCGUUGCUACGUAAGGCCACAAACGCACAGACUUCACGUUUCUGCAAGCAUUUGCCUGUUCCUUGUCCAGCGCCGUGA